AUAAGGAAAUUCAUGAGCCGACAAAACUUUAGUAUAUAUUGUAUCAAUAUAUAUAGCCACCAAAAUAUUUAACCAAUAUGAGAGAUUAUCUAUCCUAUAUUUCGUUACAAGAUAAGCGCUUACAAAGCUACGUCUAUCUUAUCACGACAAGUGUUUCUGAUGAUCGUUCGAUAGAGGCUGAAAGCUCAUGAUACAAUCACGUUAACAAGUUCGUAUAACAAUUUUUUAAUCCCAAUUUACGAUCCUUUGGGUAAGACUUUAGACAAUAAUAGUCUUUUCCUGAUUGAAGUUAAUAUGUUAACACACAAAUGAAAAAUAGACACAUCAUCGUCACUGAUUUGCUAAUACGCCCUAAUGCCCUCGCUAGUCAGUUUAAAUAUACAUAAUUUCUUUAUAAAUGAUUAAUUCAGUGAAACAUACAAUUUUCAAUACGAAGCUACACAAAACUUUUCACCUGACUGUACCCAACGUGAUUGAAUAUGUUAUAUGUAGAGGAGCACUCUGUUUUAUUGUUUUCAUUUUGACUAUCACAGUUCAAACACAUGGUAACUCUUUCGGAGCAUAUUGAACAAUAUCGUGUUGAAAUGAUAAUUCUACUUUGUUUGUUAAUUCCGGCCUACGCUUUAUCUGUGGAAAAUAAUGUUAGCGGGAGGCAGGAAGUAGAUCCUAUUACAACUGAGAAUGGACCUGUUCGUGGUGUGGCACUCGGCCAAACGGAUAUCCUACAAUACUUUGACAUCCCUUAUGGACAAUUCGACACCAAUGAUCCAUUUCAGGAGCCUGUCAAGCCAGAACCUUGGGAAACGAUUUUGUCUAAGAACAAACAUUCUUCUAAAUGUCCUCAAAUACAACAAAACGACGAGUAUGUAGGCAACAAUGAUUGUCUUACACUCAGUGUAUUUGCUAAAACCGGAGUAAAAAAUGCAGACGUACUUUUUCACAUACACGACGGCGAUUUUGGGUCAGGAAGUGGAGAUCCAGAAGUGUACAACCCCCAACAACUGGUCUCCGAAGGAAUUAUUGUCGUGCUACCCAACUACAGACUAGGAGCUUUGGGUUUUAUGUGCUGGCAAAACGAAACAGUUCCAGGCAACGCUGGAAUCAAAGAUCUAGCAUUCGCGUUGCAAUGGGUCAAAAACAACAUCAAGGGUUUUGGUGGUAACGCUUCGAAUAUUGUUGUAAGCGGUGUUGACACUGCUGGCAUAUUAGUUGAUUUUCUGGUACUAGUAAAUCAAACCUCAAAAUACAUUUCCAAAGGUAUAACUGAAAGUGGUUUCGCUUUAUCUCAAAAGGCUCUCGAUAGAGAUCCAUUAAGAACAGCAGACGGAAAAAUUAACGCAAAUGGCAGCGUACAGUCUAUUAUAACAUCUGGCCGAGGAAUCCAUUUCAAACCUUGCAUAGACAAUAGUUUUAUAACUAAAUCCUUUUGGGGUUUGCUGCAGACACAAAAGAUUGACAUACCGCUAAUGAUAGGCUCUACUAACCAAGCUGGGAUGGAUUAUGUGACUGACUUAAACGAUGAUGACAUACAAGAGUUUCGAAAUAAUCUAUCACUUAUCUUACCAACCGACCUUAGGUUUGAGGGAAAUCAAGAAAGAGAAGUUAUUGAAAAAGUUAAAAGACAAUACUUCAGUGACAGUGAUAUAUCAAUUAAUGUAUUGGAAAGACUAUCUCUUUGCUUCACAGAUUCGACUUAUUUAAAUCCAGGUAUUCGCGAAGCGAGGCUAUUAACUAAAGCAGGUGGAACGGUUUAUUUUUACGAAUUGUCCUACACGGGAGACAGGCAGAACCCUAUUCCGGGAGCACCAAAGGGAGAUUCUCUGCGUUAUAUCUUUACUCAAAGUACCACGCAACAAGAACACAAAGUAGAGACACAAAAAAGGAAUGUCAAUGAAAACGAAUCAGCAGCAAAUACAAUUCGAACGCUUUGGACGAACUUCAUUAGAAAUGGAAUUCCCUCAGCUUCAAACGUUGAUUGGAAAGCCUUUGAUGCAACCGAAGGGAAUGAACAAUCUUUAAUGAUAGGGGCAGAAAUCACAUUAACCAACAGACUUCACGCCGAGAGGAUGAAACUUUGGGAUGCAAUAUACGAACGACACUUUGUUGAAACCAAUCUUGGCUCCACAUUAAAAUCUUCGAUACUCGUUAUCCUGAUUAGUUUUGUCACAUCAAAUAUCGCAUUAACAACUUUAUAAAUUUAAUUCAAUUAAAUAUUUAACCAAAUAAAUAAUUACUAAUGAG